GCAUCAGUGGUUCACUCAUCGCUGUACAACAGCCAUCAUGCAUCUGAUACGUGUGCAGGUUGCAGUCAUACUCGGAAUUGUUCUUCCUCAGAUAUCCAGCAUCAGCGUCUCACCUGCACCUCCCGACUGCGUGGCUGCUGUGGACGUCUGCAUGUCGGAUUUGUGCGAGAAGGAAAAAGCAUUUAACGGGGAAACGUGUGACGAUGAAGGCUGCCAAAUAAAGGGCUCAUACGCGUGUAACAUGACCAUCCAGUCUGUGCUGGAGAGUUUUCCUUCAAUGCGAGGGUGCGUGUGCUCUUGGCAGGAGGAGCUUUGUGGCUCUAUACAAGCCCUGGCUACACAAUGCCAGAGAAAAGCAGAAUCUGAACAGAAGAGGAGAGCAGCAGACUGGCAGUCAAGCAGUUUAAUUAACUAUGUGUACGAUGGAGCUGGAUCCUGCUUGGACCAGAUUACUGUGUGUGUCAGUGAUGCAGUUUGCAACAGGCACCUGGCACCUGUUCUCCAGGCGUGCCUGGCCCACCCGUGCACCGACCGCUGUCAGGAAGUGGUUCGGCACUUCUAUGGCAGCAUGCCGCACAAUGUCGCUGAGAUGCUGGUGAUGUGUGAGUGUGAGGAUUCAGCCCAGAGCUGUCAGGAGAUGAGGGCUACCCUCCAGAGAGGCCUGUGUGGGGAAAAGAGGCAGGUCUGCCAGGAGGCGGUUAACCAGUGCGUAGGGGACUCUGGCUGCAGAGGGUUGUUGAAAACCUUCCAAGACAAAUGCUGGAAGUCUGAGGAAGCAAAGUGCUCCGACAGCGAGCUGCAAAAGACUGAAUGCUUGACUCUGAUGGAUCCGGCUCUCAUCCUCGGCUCUGAUGCUGAAUGCACGAAGUCCUUCGUGGCAACCGUGGGCACAGCGCUCCACUCGCCUUGUUCAUGCAAAGGAGUGUACGGCGACGACCUCCUGACGUGCAACAGGAUCCACAGCGUGCUUCAUAACAGAUCGCACUUCAAGAUGCCUUGGAAAGGCAGCAAUGGUUCUUCUAAAGCGCCAGAAUUUAUUAAACCUGAGACGAGUAAAUCCUGGCCAGCAGAUUACCUAAUGUACGCCUUAGUAACUGUUCUACUGGUUGGUGUUGUCAUAUUAAUGCCUCUGGCUGUUAUGAGUAAAAUAUGGAUGUUCAGAAGAACAGAUCAAACUAAGUUUCAGCCUGUGGAGAAAAGCAACCUUGUCCUCUGAUCUCAUUAUUAAGUUAGAAUAAUUGUACCAGUAAUAAUUAGCAGAUGCUUAAUAGUUGCCACAUUUUAAUAUUUAAAGUGUUUAUUUUUUGUAGUGACCUUGCAUCAAUUUUUAAGAAAGGAGUGAAAUUGCAGAUUAGUUUUAUUCACUUUUGUAAAGGUAAAUUAUUAAUAUUUAGAAAAGAAAAUCUUUUUAUCUAUCUUCACAUAGACACUAAACUAAUUUUGCUUUAGGUCAUCAUUUGUCUGUUUGUAAUUGAGUUAUUUGUGUUCUCUGUGGCAGAAACAAAGGUGAGCAGGGCGAUAAACAAAUAAUCUAUAUAACCAAGCAUCAAAUGUAUGCUACAUGUAAGAUUCUGUAUGUCCACAUACAGUAAAUCCAGUGAAUAGUAAUUUAAAUUAUCAAAUGAAUCAAAUGUGACAGAAGGUCAACACUCUUAAGGCACUUGGGUGACAUGUGUCUUAAAGGUUCUGUUCUGUCUCAUGACACUAAUAGUGACAAGCCUAUUAGCAAAACACAAAACCUGAGAGGAAUCAGACAGGAAGUAUCAGAUAAAACAUCAUGUCAGUGACCACCGUAGACUAAACCAUUUCCCUUCUGGGGGUUGUCUACAUGAGCAGGAGGUGACCAGUUGCCACUAGUAGUCAGCUCAAGAACGACUGCUGCCUUCAAUAACUUGUUUCAGUAUCUUAGGAGGAUGUUGAUUUCCUUCAAUCAUCCCAAUGUGAUUCAAAGCAACACUGUUCAUCUGAAUGUUUAUCUUCAGCUUUGGUGCAUUGAUUACUGGAUGGCUGUCAUCCAAUUUCCACUGUCUACAAGUGGAUCUAUGAACACAGACAAAACACUCCUCCAAGCCACUGAGGACGUUUCAAUAAAACAUUCUUCAAUGGCUGUUUGAAUUUGUGAUAAUUGAAGAUGUGGCAACAUAAUUAUCACAUUUUUAUCAGGAUUCUGAUUGGACUGAUUUUACACCAGCAACUGAUUUUACACAUAGAAAUAAAAAUCAAAAUCUGCUGCAAUA